AUGGAAGAGGAGAAAAAGCAGGAGACAAGAUCGAAAAGGUGUUCUUCAUGCAUAGAAGACAAUUGCAAUCACGAGUGCUAUGUCACCUACAUUACUGGCUUAUACAGCUGUCAGUGGGAAGGCAAACUAGAGAAGCAAUCUGGACGUCGAUUCUGCUGCUGCUCUUUGGUAGAGCAGUUAUUUUACCCAUUUCUGGUAAUUGCAUUUUGCGUGUCUGUGGUUUUGCUGUUCGUGUGGAUAGAAACCUCAAAUGAAUAUCAUGGCUUUGACUGGGUUGUUUAUCUACUUACAGGAUACUGGUACUUCUGGUCCAUUCUUUUGCUGAGUUUAUUUGGAAUCUUGGUUGUCUACACUUCAUUGCUGUUGAUACUUGGAUUUUUGUUGAUUCGGGAAGGGUAUGAACUAUACCUGUACUGGUGUCAUAAGAUCCUGGUUAUGCUAGUGAUUCUGAUAUGCACUUUUUUUCUGUCGAUUUUAUGCAUUUACUGGAAAGACAGGUGGCUGACGUUUGGACUCUCACUGAAGGUGUUUGCUCCCCAUGUGCAUCUGACCAUGAUAACUCUGAUGGUUCUCCUUUCCUGGCCUGUGGCCUACUACUUGGUCCAUUUGGAACAAGAAGCUAGAUUCAGAAGAGACCAGAGUGAACAUCAUAGGAUAAAAAGAAUCAAGACAUGUGCUAGACUCACAAAGCUGAGAGCUGCACAAGUGGCUAUUGGACUGCCUUUUUUUCUUAUCCUUUUAUUUCUGUUUGUGGUGCCAUGGGGAUUUUAUUCUCCCUGCGUUGAGAAUAAGAAUAAAUUGGGACCCAAGCCGGCCAUCUUUGGACAUAGAGGUGCACCCAUGCUGGCGCCUGAGAACACCAUGAUGUCCUUUGAGAAAGCUGUUGAAAACGACGCCUUUGGACUGGAGACUGAUGUAUUCUUAAGUAUUGAUGAGGUGCCUUUUCUCAUGCAUGACCAUAACCUGAGAAGAACAACCAAUAUCAGGGAGGUCAAGCCAAGCGAAUCCUAUACAGCAACAUCCUUCUUCUAUUGGAAAUUCCUGUCAACUCUGAAUGCUGGCCAAUGGUUUAUAGAUCCAUGGAAGAAGCCAUUUUACAAUAUGAAACCCUUAUCAGAGGCUGAUGAAGAAAAAGCAGGAAGUCAGAAGAUUCCAAAACUAAGUGAUUAUUUGGAUAUUGCACGGAAGACAAAUAAAUAUGUGAUAUUUGAUCUUAAUGGCCCUCCACCAAAACAUCCUCUCAGAAGUACAUAUGUACGUCGUGUAGUAGAUGUGAUUCUUAAAUCUAAAAUUGAGCAACAUUUGGUUUAUUGGUUGCCUGGUUUUGAUAGGGACUAUGUGAGGUGGAGAGCUCCUAAUUUUCAGCAUGUGGGCCGGUUAGAUCCCGUUGCUGAACUUAAAAGAGAAAAUAUCAGUAUAAUAAAUGUUGACUACAAGAGGUUGUUCCACAACGGGUUGAGUGAUUAUAAAGCAGCUAACUUCAUUAUCAACUUAUAUAUCGUCAAUGAGCCUUGGGUCUUCUCACUGGCCUGGUGCUCCAAGAUUAACUCGGUGACCACAGACAACAUUGUGCUCCUGAGGCAGAUAAAUUACCCAUACUACACCAUGACACCAAAGUCCUAUGUGUUCCUGUGGGUUCUCCUAGAUUGUAUUUCUGCAGCUUUCAUUUUCGCCAUAUUUUAUUUUCAUUGGUGGAAAGAGAACCUAAGAGAACAAGUCUUUGAACGCACCAGCAGUUACACAGAUACUGGAAGUAUAAGAUACAAAGGGAGAAAAAGUGAGAAAGGAGAAGAUUACUCUGCAGCCAUGCCAUCUUCCCAAGCUGGGGAAAGCCCGGAGCCUCCAGCAGCCCCUCCCGAGGUUUAACCAGGAUAAAAGACAUUGAACCAUAAUCAGUCCAGGAAGCCACCGAGCCUGCUACAGAUGACCUUAGACAACCGGUGCCCACUGAGAAGGCCUUUGAAUCCACCCCAGCGCUCACCUAGAAGGCCAACAGAGGCCACCCUCCAGACUGCAGUGCCAGAGGCAAAGGACCCAGCAGUUUCCUCCAUAGACACCCCUCACCCUAAAACAACCCAAAAAGACUCCCACUGUUGAAUACUCCCAAGAAUCCUGUUUUAUGAUGUUUUCCACCACAUCUAACAUGUCCUUCUCCUUUGGGCUCUCUUCAAAGAAUGAGCCACAUCUUGCCCCCUUCUAAUUCUUCCUCUCUGUGCCUAAGGGUGGUGAUGGCGGGGAGUGGUCAAGAAGGGAGUGCAGAAGAGCAUUGGAAGCUCGAUGGAGAACGUCUGGUCUAGCCUUUCUAUAAAGGAUGCAGCUCCAGGGUGUAGGCAAGAGGGAAAACAACUACUGUGGUCUUGGAGCUGGAGCGCAUUCUUCCCUGGAUGAUACGGGUUUUUCUCAUCCGAACCCUUCAUAGUAGCCCUGCUAUUGGAGCGGCGGUGGUGAACUUCAGCAUGUAAAUAAAGGCAACCUUUCAGGAAGACAGAAGGUAAGUGGAGUAUGCAUUCUUUGGACCCUUCUGUGAUGACUCAGGCUGAAAAAGACUAGGGGAUGAGUGCAAAAGGGAUGCCAUCCUGGGUCAGAAAAUGAGAGGUGGCCUGGGCAUGUUAGGGGCAAAGAUUUUAUCCACAGGCAUUCUUUGUGAUCUAGUGUGAAGUGGGAUGAUGCUUCCUAAUAGUUUGCUGUUGGCUGAUUCCCCAAUGGAAAGAGGGCUCAUUCCUUGAAGGGAAAUUACAAUUUAGAACAAGCAGCUGGAGCCCCUUCUGUGUGGGAUCCCAAUAGUAGAAGCAGUGAAUUGAGUUCCACUAGGUGACCAUCACCUAUUCACACUUAUCUGGGCCUCAGUGUCCCCAUCUAUACGAUGAUGGUGUAGGGGCAGACCACUGUAGCACCUUCCCCCAGGCCCAGGCUUAUCCUGGACUGACUGUGGAGGCAGGUAACCACUCGGGGUUGUGGGGGGCGGGAGAAGGGAGGGGCAGGACAGUCUAGGACAGCAACACGACCAUCCCAGAAGGCAGGGCUAUGGUUUGGGGCCUGCGUUUCCUC